CAACUACACGGGCGAAUUGCUAGUCCAGUGUUUUUGUUUAAUGAUGCGAUUUUGGCAUUAGAAAUGAGUUGAUUCUUCUCUUACAAUAUUUUUCAACACACGAAGGACUGGGACAAUCCACAAAGAAAUGGACCAGGAGUUUAAAGACCUAGAUUCAGAGGGCCAAUGGCAGAACCUGUACCUGGAAAUCCGCAAUCAGUCUCAUGAAUGUCCUUUCAAAGUGGCAAAAUAUCCAGAGAAUCGUAACCGCAACAGGUACAGGGACGUCAGUCCUUUUGACCACAGUCGAGUUAAAUUAGAAAACACAGAGAAUGACUAUAUCAAUGCAAGUUUGGUUGUGAUGGAUGAAGCCCAGAGAAGUUACAUAUUAACUCAGGGUCCUCUGAGGAAUACGUGUGGUCAUUUCUGGCUCAUGAUCUGGGAGCAGAACACCAAAGCUGUCAUCAUGCUGAACAGGGUGAUAGAGAAAGGAUCAGAGAAGUGCGCGCAGUACUGGCCGACGCAGGAGGAGCAGGAGAAGUCUUUCCGCGACACUCGUUUUGUGGUGACGCUGAUGUCGGAGGACGUAAAGUCCUAUUACACCACCCGACUGCUGCAGCUACGGAACGACAGUACAGGAGAGACGAGAAACAUCUAUCACUUUCAUUACACCACAUGGCCUGACUUCGGCGUCCCAGAAUCCCCGGCGUCUUUCCUCAACUUCUUGUUCAAAGUGCGAGAGUCUGGCUCACUGGGAUCGGAUAACGGACCCGCUGUGGUUCACUGCAGCGCAGGGAUCGGACGCUCCGGAACCUUCUCCCUGGUGGAUACCUGUCUUCUUCUGAUGGAGAAGAGGAAAGACCCAUCAUCUGUAGACAUUAAGAAGAUCUUGUUGGACAUGAGGAAAUAUCGCAUGGGCCUGAUUCAAACCCCCGAUCAGUUACGCUUCUCCUACAUGGCUGUACUGGAGGGAGCCAAGUGCAUCCUGGGAGACUCGUCAGUGCAGAAACAGUGGCGGGAGCUCUCGAAGGAAGACCAAGACCCCGUGUCGGAGUCCCCACCUCCUCCUCACCACCAGAAAUGCCCCUCCACAGACCGCUACAACGGCAGUAAGGUGUCCCGCCUGGAGGAGGACGGAGAGACGGAGGCGGGAAAGAAAACGGGGUGCGAGGUGCCCGGUAAAGAACAGGACGGGGACACGGGCACGGCGAAUGCUCGCAAGAGACAGCGAGAAGAGAAGAUGUCCAACUCAGUACAGAAGACACCGCAGAAACAGACAAAGCCCAGGAUGAACGACUCUGAAAAGAAAAGGAAAAGGCCGAGAACUGGCGACGACUAACGCCACGGCGACGGCAGCAGGGACCCCAAACCCUCCACCCCCUCCUUCCCCCACCCUGCAUCCUAAAAUGUUUACAGCGUAAACUUGGACAUUUUCUAGAGCCAAAAAGCAUCUGGACGCAAAACUCACCAGCAUGACGUUGUUGGAGCUGCUGCUUGGUGGAGUUGUCAGAGGAAUGGAGUGCAUCGCCGUGGUUUGGAUUGGUUUGAUUUGCCCCGACCCUCACCCUUUUUAUUUUUUUUUUUGGUCGUCCCUCGUGUAUAUGGAAACGACAGCAGGAUCUGGAACUAGGCCUAUGCAUUGCCAAUUUGUAAUGCUCUUCGUACAUGUAUUUUUAGACAACUUUUUUCAGAGGCAAAGUGAAAUGCUUUAUUUUUUAUAUAAGAAAUUACUUGAAAAGUUUUCCUAUUGUGUCUGCAAGCAGUGUGCUCCAAAAAGAAAAACAAAACAAAAAAAAAACCCACUCUUGAGUUUGUUAAAAGACAUGUCUUAUGCAGAGUGGAGCCAUUGUGUACAUAGUGUUCUUUUUAAAAUGUGUA